AGCAUUAAUGGGUUGUGAGCAAUUCAGAUAAGGCACAUACCAGCCAGGGGGCAUCACCUGUAACCAGAGACAAAGUGGAGCCAGAAUCAGGGCUUGGCUGAGAACUUUGUCAGUGGAGGACAAUAAAAAACUAUUUCUGCAGCAUGUAAGACACGAGACACAGACACAUCACCUUCCUUCCUUAGCGCCCCUCCCAAACCAAAUCAGUCUGGGAUUCCAUGACUUAUGAAAGUAAAGGUUAAAGAAUAACCAUCCUUAGAGGAAGGAAGAUUUCAAAGCCUGAAUCACUUACAUUAAGCAAGUGCUAAUUUAGGAGGGCAGCUGAUGACUGGUUUCUACAGAAGGGCAUAAUGAGGGGGUGGAAAAAUCAGAAGGAGAGAAAUAAAGGGAAGUUGCAUUUUCUCACUGCAGAAUAUUAAUUUUGCUUCUCUGUUUUCUCAUGGUGAGUGAGGAUGUUAUCAUCCAGUGUCUGCCCAACCUCCUGUCUCUGGGAGCUGCACAUUUAGAGAUGCUUUCAGUCUUGCCCAUAGACUUCUCCCAAAGAAGUGAUAACUCUCCUUGAACUACCUUACACCUCCUUGAAAGCCCCAAAUUUGCUGUGUCCAUGCCCAGCCUGAACCAGAGCUGUUCUUUUACCCCCUGAUGCGGCUCCUUGGUGCUGGGAAGGGCAGAGAAGGCCCUUGGGCUUCUCUGACCAAGUCAGAACAUGUUUGCUUCCUCCUCAGGCUGGAAGUGAUGCUGCUUUCCCACCUCAUCCCACCCAGCACCCACUCCAGGCAUGGGGUACUGAGCUGGGGUGUUUGGGGAUUUCUGACUUUCUGUGGAAAGGGGAAGGAUGGCACCUUCUCCUUUGCAGGGAAACCCAGUCAGCAAGAUUUGGGUCACAGGAGCCCACACAGAUGGGAGCAAACUAUAUAAAGCAAGCCCAGUUGGCUGCAGGGCACUGCAAGGCAGAAGGGCUUUCCCAAGGUAAGUGGGGAUGGAGGAUUGCUUUUCCUUCUUUUCACCUGAAACUGUGGUGCAAGUGCCAUGCUGGGGAAGCAGGAUUGAAGGAGCUGCUGCCUGAGACACCAGCCCAGAAGAAGAGCAGUGGGUGCAGCCCUGGAGGGCUGAACAUCCUUCCAGUUUUUCUCCCUUUCUCCUGAUUUUGCUUUUUCCCACCCCUCCCUCAUUUGGUCCUCAUCGCUUCCCAUCCUUGAUGCUUUGUGCUGAAACAACAGGCACAUCCUCACCCCCCUCAUCUCUCCUAGUCCGUGUAGAGAGGGAAAACCUCUGCUCCUGGAUGAUGAGGAAAGAAAGAAGGUGGUUGGUAUAACAGACAAUGGUUUGGUUUCCUCCCCCAGAGCUGUCAGAAGGAUGAACUCUCUCCUCGGCCUCUCUGUGCUGUUUGUAUGGGGCUUGUCCCCAGCCCACGGGAACCUCUUGCAGCUGCACCAGAUGAUCUCAAAGGUGACAGAGAAAAAUGCUCUUCUGCAUUACGGCUUCUACGGCUGCUACUGCGGCCUGGGGGGCAAGGGGCAGCCCAAGGAUGCCACAGACAGAUGUUGCCAGCUGCAUGAUGCUUGCUACCAAAGCCUCCUGAAGUAUCGCUGUGAUGCCAAGACAGAGAUCUACCACUACAGCUGCCCCCAUGGCAAGCUCUCCUGCAGACAGGACUCCUGGUGUGCUUACUUGUCCUGUGAGUGUGACCGCAGCCUGGCGCUGUGCCUGAGGAGAAACGUCGGGAGCUACAGGAAACACUACCAGUUCUACCCCAACAGACUGUGCUGAUGCUGGGAGCUGGGACGUGGGGCUGGGAUCGCCCUUCA